CAAUGCGACUGAGUCGUUUAGAUUGAAAUUCGAUUUACAGCACUUCAUUCCAGGCACCCUCCUCCCUCUUCCCUAAACAGCAGCAGCAGCGACGACAACAACACCCUGCUGCAGCAGUGAUGUUUGUUCUUCUGCCCGAUUUCCCACUCAGUGCCGUUGUCUCUCUGUGCCCUCACCUCCCAUUCAUUCACCCGAUGUCCGUAUGUCCGAUCGAUAUUUUAUAUUUCCCUAUAUUCCACCAUUCAGUCCCCCCAUAUACCGAUUCAGUCGCACAAUAUUCUUAUGGCACCAACGCUGUCACUUGCUCCCCCCUCCUCCGCCAUAUAAAAGUCCUUCCCCAAAACCUUUUUUCUCUCUCUCUCUCCCCCUCCUCCUCUCGUUUUCGUGCUGUAGAUCUGCACUCUUCCUUCUGUUCUUCUCUUCUCUUCUCUCUUUCUCUCUCUCUCUCUCUCUUUCUCUUUCUCUUUCUCUUUCCUCCCUCUGCUCCCUCGUUCCUUUUCCCUAUCCUCGAGCCCACCCCCCUCCUGCCUCAACCUUGCGUUUACUUCCAUUGCGCUUAUCGAGGUUCCUUAACCUUCCUUCUCCAGUCGAACCUCAUUCUUCUCUUAGUUCGUGUACAGUUCAAACCAUCUUUUUCAUCCCAGAAAACUCAAUCCACCCUCUUCCCCCUCUUGGCCACCGCGCCGAUCUCAGCAAGAAAAACCCUACUGCCCCUUUGCCACGCCGUCACCGUUGCUCCUACACAUCCUUCGUAUCCCCCCACAUCGUCUGCAAAACAACAGCCCCUCCCCCUCUUUUUGCGCUCUCCCCGGUCCUCUGACAAGAUCGGCCAUCUGAAAACCUUCUAGGUAAGCACGCAGCUGGAUGCUGAACACAAACUGGAACGAUUCCCCCCCCCUCCCCCCAUUUUCAGUGCAUACUCUGGUUGUAUACUCUUUCGUUGGUACACAUGGUUUCUUUUUAUCUUUCUCAGGGACAUGGUUGGACGAUCUUUUUUUUUUUUUUUGUGUCCUCCAAUGUGCAGAGGGAGCGGCGUCUGUUUGUUGUCGUCCCAUCCUGUCAUGUUAUCCUCCUCCGCCGAGACCCUUCUUCUUACUCUCUGAUUUCAUAAUCUUGCUCGCUCGUUUGGAUAAAAGGGACAAGGAGGGGAAGGAGGGGAGGGAGGGAACCAUGGGUUUCCUGGUCGCAGUUUUGUUAUUCUUUUGGGUUUGUAUUUUUUCUUUUUUGUUCUUCGUUCAGCGUGCAGGAUGAUGUAGUUGUUUGCAUCUGUUCUAUCCCGAAUUUUUUCU